GUUUCAGCCACAUGAGUGCUGUAGAAAGUCAGAUAAAGGAGAACUUCAGGGACAAAACCAUGUCGAAAUUAUGUAUUAUAUAUUUGUUUCAUGCUUAAUAAGUGCAUGCUUCGAAGCACUGGCGGUUAGGCAUUGUGUUUUGGGUGCACUUCCCGACUUUUGUUACCAUCCAGACUCAUAGAGCAUGUGGAAGUGUUUGUAUUUGCAGGCAUGUCGCCUUCAUGGCUCAUCCCAGGUGCUGAAGGGGAAGAGUGGCGCAGAGCAGCGCUGGAUAGUGCGCCAGAUGAACGACCCCUUCGUCAAAGCGGCUCACCUUCAGAACUUCCGCUGUAGGAGCGCCUUCAAACUGCUGGAAAUAGAUGAAAAGUACCGCCUUCUGAAGCCCGGUUUUUGUGUCAUAGACUGCGGUGCUGCCCCUGGAGCCUGGAGCCAAGUCGCAGUGCAAAGGGUCAAUUCAACUGGAGAAAGGCCUGAUUUAACCAAAGGGUGCGUAUUUGGAAUAGAUCUGCUACACAUCGCCCCUUUGGAAGGUGCCCACUUCCUGUCCAACCAGGAUAUCACCAGUUCUACUACUCACACAAAGCUGCAGGAGCUCCUUCCUCAAGCUUAUGCUGACGUCAUCCUCAGUGAUAUGGCACCUAAUGCCACUGGGCUUAAGGAGCUGGACCAUGAGAGACUUGUGUGCAUGUGUCUUUCAUUGCUAAAGCUGGCUGAGAAGCUGCUGCGGCCUGGGGGCUCAUUGCUGUGUAAGUACUGGGAUGGAGCGCUCACACACAAGCUCCGGGAUGGUCUUACCCGUGCAUUUCAAGACGUGAAGACCCUGAAGCCCAAAGCAAGUAGGAAAGAUUCGGCAGAGUUAUAUUUCCUCGCCAGAACCUUCCGGAAAAUAUAGCAUCACUCUUUCUGGACUUUGAUCUUCAACAGGAUAUUUUAGCGGUUAUUUUUAUACCGUUGUACAUUGAUCAGGAAUAACAUUAUGACCACCUGCCUAAUAUUGUGUCGCCCCCUUUCGGCUGCUAAAACAGUUCUGACCUGUCGAUCAUUAGCAGCAUUAACUUCAGUAAUUUCAGCUGUUGGAUCGGACCACACGGGCCAGCCUUCACUCCCCACGUACAUCAGUGAGCCUUGGCCGCUCAUGACCUUGUCGCUGGUUCACACUGUUCCUUCCUUGGAGCACUUUUGAUAGAUACUGAGCACUGCAGACCGGGAACAGCUCACAAGAGCUGCAGAUUUGGAGAAGCUCUGACCCAGUCAUUUAGCCAUCACAAUAAAGCUCUUGUCAAAAUCCUUACGCUCACCCAUUUUCCCUGCUUCUAACACAUCAACUUUGAGGACGAAAUGUUAACUAGUGCCAUAAUGAAGAGAUAAUCAGUGUUAUUCACUUCCUGUCAGCGGUCACAGCCCGAUCAGUGUAUAUCAGGGAUACUUGUUUUGUGUUUUUUAAAAUGUAUUAUAUGUACAGUGUAUUUAUUUCUUUUGUCAAUUUUAAAUGUAGGAAAAUUCUUACAUAACCACAGAAGCCUUCAUUCCUUGGUUCUAAGUAUACACCAUGUCUGAAAAACUGUUGAUUACAUCUGUUCAUGUUUGUUCUUUAGCUGCGUUUGGCAGCAGAGAAAUAUGGAAUCUAAAAUAAUCAUUAAAAAUGAACAGUAAAAGUG